AUGCCUCCAAAGAAAGGGAAGUCUGUAAGAAUUGCUGCCGACGAUGAGCACAUUCCAGAUACUACAUACACAGAUACAUUCCCCUUGGUGCUACCACCACCACCUCCUCCCUCUGCUGCUGUUACUACCACGGGUCACAUGAACAAGAAGAACGACGACCAGCAACCAUUCUACAGCAUUGAGAUGCAACAAGAGGACAACUUUUUCUAUGACAAUUCCAACAAGCCAUUGCAUGAUUCAUGGUCGUCCAAAUCUACCUUGAAUCCUCAGAAUCCAUUUGAGCAAAACAUUGUGCUGAGCCGACAGAAUACACUCACGGAUGAACCCACUGAAAUUCACAUGGAUGAAACUACCAAGAUGAUACACUCUCUCGAGGUGGAUGAGGAAAAGCAGGAAGAUCAGGAAGACAAGCUACUGGAAUCCGAGAAAUCUUCUACUGUUGCUAGUGGCAAGACGGAAAUCAUGACCAAGGAAACCAUCACACCAGCAGCAUCCGAAGAGCCUGACAGCGACCGAGAGUUUGACUGGAACGAUGAUCCGGAUCAAGUCAAGCCAAAGCGUAGAAAGACGGCCAGAGAGAGGUUUACUGCCGCCAUGCAGAAUCCUUGCUGUUGGCAUUACCUAUCUCCCAUCCUCAAGCGCAUCAUCAUUGCUAUUCUGGGCUCUUGUAUCUUUAUCGUGAUUGCUAUUGUGAUUUAUGUUACUAUGCCAGAACCAACCGAGGCGCAACUGGCCGAUCCCAAUUUCACUAAUGUGCGAAGCAAUGUGCAAUGUUGGAUGUACUGGGCUGCCUUCAUGUGGCACAUCUUUUGGAUUACUACCUUCAUGUUGGAUAUGGUGCCCUCCAUUGUUUCUCUCUGGACCAAGCUGUUUAAGGGUAGACGAUCUGAAAAAGUAAAGUCGUACAUGGAGUAUUACAUGAGUUUAAAGAGUAAUUUUUGUUUGCUUUUGCUGGCUGCUUGGAAUCUAGGUUCCUGGUCUUUUUUGAUUCAAGUGCCAUUUGACUCCAUCAGUAGACACGCUUAUUCUGCUGUCGUCACCAAGGUGUAUGGUUGCUUGUUGGCUGCUGCUGGUCUCUAUUUCAUUCAAAAGACAGUGAUUCAAAUCAUUGCUGUCAAAUUCCAUCGUACCGCUUUUGCGGAGAGAUUGCAAGAAAAUAAGCAAAGUCUUAAGAUUUUGGAUGCGCUCAGUAAAUCAGAAAAGAAAUCUCGUCCUGGAUCCGGUGCUGCUGGCGGAUUUUCCAGUAAUAAUCUUAGAAAACGUAGAUCUCCCUUAAACCAAAAGCAUGAGAGUCAGCAACCUCAUUGGGAUCACAGUGCCUCUAGCCACGAUGACCAAACACAUGGCGGUGUUCGUCCAAUGACAUUGCAUGAUGAACCUGUUCCAGAACAACCUAGUUCUUUUGCUCAAUUCAAGAAAUCAGUGUCUAGCUUUGUGCUGGCCGAAAAACCCAGCGCUACCACGGGCCGUGUGGAUAAAAACAAGAUGGAUAUCAAUUCCGAUGACUAUGCUAAAAAGGUUGCCAAGAAAUUAUUCUAUGCACUGGCUUAUCCCGAGGGCUACUAUGGACAAGAAGAAGACAACAAGAAAUGUUUGGAUGUGUUUGCAUUCAUUCCUUAUUUCAAGGAUCGUGAAGCAGCUGCUGAGGCGUUCAAGGUGUUUGACAAGGACGGAAAUGGAGAUUUGACCCGAAGAGAGUUCCGUGAUACUGUAGUACAUAUCUACAGGGAGCGCAAGGGCCUCGCACAAUCCAUUCGUGACACCAGUCAGGCACUUGGCAAGAUUGAUACGCUUUUACUCAUCAUUACAUGCUUGAUUAGUUUGGUCAUUUGUUUGGCCAUCUUCCAUGUGGAUUUCUGGAGUGCUUUGGUGCCACUGGGUACCUUGUUGGCUGCUUGUACAUUUAUCUUUGGUUCGUCUGCUGAAGGUCUCUUUACGGGUAUUAUGUUCCAAUUUGUGACACAUCCUUAUGAUUCCGGCGAUCUGGUACAAAUCGAUUCAACCUACAUGACGGUGGAAAACAUUGGUAUCUUGGGUACCGUGUUCAUUGCAGGUGAUGGUACAAAAUUGUAUGCGCCUACCUCUGUGCUGCAAACCAAGAUCAUCUACAAUGUGCGUCGUUCGGGUGGUAUGGGCGAAUCGCUUACAUUCAACAUUGACUUUAGAACAGACAACGACCUCAUCUUGGUGCUGCGUGAACGUCUGUUGGAAUGGGUGCAGUCUCAGAGCCGUGAUUUUGGUCCAGGCUUUGAUUUACGUGUUACCGAUAUCAAGGACAUGAACCAAGUUAUUUUGACAAUCUGGUUACCUCAUAAGGGUAAUUGGGUGGAUUUGGGUAAACGUUUCCAAAGAAAGACACGAUUCAUGUUGGCUCUGAAGGCUAUCUUGACGGAUUUGGAUAUCAGGUACGAAUUGCCUGCCCAAAGAAUUACUUCAAGUGGUCCCGACUCCAACAAUCCUUUCACUCAUACGGUCAGACCUCAAAAUUUCUCUGAUCGUCAGUAA